CUAGACAGAGACACGCUGGACAGACAGGGACACGCUAGACAGACAGAGACACGCUGGACAGACAGAGACACGCUGGACAGACAGGGACACGCUGGACAGACAGAGACACGCUAGACAGACAGGGACACGCUAAACAGACAGGGACACGCUAGACAGAGACACGCUGGACAGACAGGGACACGCUAGACAGACAGGGACACGCUAAACAGACAGGGACACGCUAGACAGACAGGGACACGCUAGACAGACAGAGACACGCUGGACAGACAGGGACACGCUGGACAGACAGGGACACGCUAAACAGACAGGGACACGCUGGACAGACAGAGACACGCUAGACAGACAGGGACACGCUGGACAGACAGGGACACGCUAGACAGACAGAGACACGCUGGACAGACAGGGACACGCUGGACAAACAGGGACACGCUGGACAGACAGAGACAGGCUAAACAGACAAGGACACGCUGGACAGACAGGGACACGCUAAACAGACAAGGACACGCUAGACAGACAGAGACACGCUGGACAGACAGGGACACGCUGGACAGACAGGGACACGCUGGACAGACAGAGACACGCCGUACAGGGGAGGUGAAACAGACGAACGGCAAGACGAGACGGAAGCGAAGCAAAGUUUAAGAUCGGGAGUAGUUGGCAUAGCUCUGAGUCACAAAGCAAGAACGGUCACAGAAUGAACGCGUCUCGGGUUCACACUUGAGACGAACGUCGUCUCGAAGCUCUUUCCGAAGUGACUUGAGAGAGCCCUGCCUUGAUUUAUGUACAGAUGUCAGGCUCGAGAGCUUGUCCAGACACACAGCCCGGCGACUGUUCAGAGCGCGACGACCGUGAGACGCAAGAGAAGAGGCCGCUUCUUCUGAAUGCGGUAGACGGAGCGCGCCUGCCGUCGGAGCGAGCCGACGAUGGCGCGGACGAGGCCGGCUCCCCGGGAGGGGAGAGCUCUGAGUUCGUGCGCACGCCCGGCGAGGAGCGGGGGCAGGGCACCGCCACCGCCGCUGCUGACGAUGAGCGGGGAGGAGAGCGCAAGUCGGAGCCCGCUCCUGAGCUCAAUGGAGAAGCCGGCGACGGGGGGGCCUUGCCGGCGAGCCUGGGGAGCGUGGAGGGCGGCGGCGGCGGCGGCGGCGGCGACGGGACGGUGGUGACCGUCCCCCCGAGAGCGUCAGGACGGCCGAAUCCGUGCGGAGGGGGAGCGGACGACGGAGCGGGGGGGAGCGAGGCGGAGGCGCCGUCCGCCCCCACGGAGGAGCGCAUCGCCGGCGAGCAGCGCGGCGCCGGCCUGCCGGGCGGCCGCAAGAAGACAAGGAAGACGACAGCGGUGGCGGCCAACGGCAAGAAGAGGAAGCCGAGCGGCAAGAGCAUCGCCUCGGCCUCGCAGAUCCCGGUGGAGGCGGCUGACGGCUGCUGCAUCAGCUGCGUGCUCGCGUGCCUCUUCUGCGAGUUCCUCAGCAUGUGCAACGCGCUGCUCAGCUGCGGCGAGUGCGAAGAGUGCUGCUGCUGCUGCUGCGCGCAGGCGUGCGGCGCGGACGCCUGCUGCGCCGGCGAGGACGGCCAAGCGUGCUGCUGCUGCGACUGCGAGCUGGCGGCCGCCUGCUGCGAGAACGACGAGUGCCUGGAGGUCUGCUGCGGGUUCUGCGCCGGCUGAGCCGCAGACCCCACCCGCCACGAUGGAACGAACGGAACGCUAGCUCCGUCAUGGCUCCAUCGCUGCGACGCACCGUCAUCGGUCCAUCAUCGCUGCAUCAUCACUGCAACCCUCUGUCAUCGCUCCAUCGCCGCUCCAUCAUUGCUGCACCGCACCAUCUUCACUGCAUCAUCGCUCCAUCGCUGGAGCGCCCACAUGGGCACCCUUAAAAUUCAGAUCCAGUCGCAAAACGAAACAAACGAGUAUGCCAGAGGAGAUUUGUUGUCUUGCGUUGUGUCUCCCUUUAAAAUCAUCUCACGAAGAGCUGCUAUCGGGGCUCGUGAUCUCAACGACAGCUCUAUUGGUGCAGUAGUGCCAAUGAGCUCUAUUGAAACCACGAUCUCAAUGAGAGCUCCAUCAAGGCAGGAUUCUCUAUGUGCUGUAUUGAGACAAUCUCAAUUUAGAGCUCUUGAAACCACAAUCUCAACGAGGGCUCUAUUGAGGCCACAGCCUCAAUUUCUCUCCGAUCCGUGGACAGUCCCAAAGGUUGCACUGCCCACUUUGUCGUCGUUGCGCUCGACAGCCCCGAAGUUUUCCUCCGCGGCCUUGGCCGCUGCUUCGGUCGCGAAACGUCGGACGCGACGACGAACGGCACGCGGCACGGCUCACGAACACGGCGGGAGAGCCGUGCCGGUGGCGUCGCCUCCACCGCCCGCUCGCCCUUCCUCGCACCAGACACUCGGGGACUGAUGCGACGAUGACUGGAAGAACCCCCGUGUCUGUCGAGGGCCCGUCCCUGGGACGUCGCUGCGCCUGUCCAGGUGUUUAACGUCGAUGUUCUGCUUUCGUUUUUGACUCUGCUCGCUCGCUCGCUCGGGGGGCUGACUUGCCACGCGCGCUCGCAGUGCCGCUAGCGUGGACGCAGGCUUGGUAGACCGUGUAGAGAUGGAGACUCUGUGAGGCGUCCGUCUGCAGGGUGACGAGGUCGUGCGUGCUCGAGGCAGUGCAGCAAGUAGGUCGCUUGCCCGACCUUCUGAUCUCCGAGCCGCGUCCACGUGCGUGCAUUGUGUUUCUUUGGCCAUACUGAGAGCCCAUUUAACGUUUUAUAAUUUUAAGGAUUACAUUUUAGUUUGUACUUUGCACUCGCGAUUUCUACAUUAAAAAGGCGUUUUUACAUAGGAAUGCCUUGCUGAGUCUUAAGACUCAAUUUCAGGAGGGUCCUGCCCGGGGCAUAUUUAUGGCCAAUUCUGCAGGACUUCUCUCCCAUGUAUGGCUAUGAGAUGACCAGCAGGUGGUAGUAGAGCAAGUAGGCUGAUUGUCAUCCUGGACUGGUUCUGAGCAGUGCUGCUGAGACGAGGGUGUUCUCCAGGUACUGUUUAUUCAUGGUGACGUUGUUUGGGUUAGAUCGCGUAAAUGUAACUGCGUCGUACACCCAACGCCACCCGGCACGGCCUAUCGGUAAGGUUUGUCACGUGAACAAAACGUGCCAAUUGGUUACUACUUCAGCACCCCACACGGUUGUGCCUUAACAAACCCACAACAUCUACAAACGAGUACGACGUUUCGCUGGCGAUGGCCAGAGUUCAUCGUGAAUAAUUGGCCACGAAAGCCGACGUGUUGAAAAUGUUUCGGUUUAAUUAAACACGUUGAGUUUUGAUCCAAACAAGCAAGUCCUUGCGGGGCAGAGUCUCAGGACUAUUUCUCAAGGCAGGCCACGCUUUGCCACGCCUGUCGGCUCUCCGUUUGGUUGGCCGUGUGGGAAGGAGCCAGCGCACCCGCGGCAAAUCCUGAGUCUACACUGAUAGGGUGACCUGCUUUCUGUACUGCCGCCUUACACGUUUGUUCCACCAAAGAUGCUUCUUUUCAAUAAAUAUAUAAAUGUGCGUAUUUCUUUAGGACUCGUUCCAAAUUAUAUUACA